GCAGAUGAAAAAAAGCAAAGAGGUCAUUAAGAGAGGACAGAGGAUCCCAGAGCUCGGGGUGGUGACAGCAACGACAUGGAAAAGGGACACUAAACAACAGAGGGGGUGAAUAGACAACAUCGCUCUCAGGUCUCCACUACAUUCCUCCCUCUCUCUGGGUAUCCCCAAUCAGGACAGGCCACAGAAGAAUGACAAGUGAAAAACAUCUUUUAAAUUUUUGUAUCUUGCUUGCUACAGACCCCAUCCAUCUUUGAGAGGGAUAACCUCCCCUGGCGAGUAGAAUCAUGUGGUCCUCUUGUGAUGUCAACUGAGCUCAGAAUGUUUAUUGCCUAGACAACCCAACCAGCCUCUUGGGAGCAGGUGUGUGUGAUCUCCAUACACUUCAGUAGUCAGAAUAUGGAGAACUUCUCACUCCUCAGCAUUUCUGAACCUCGAAUCUCUUCCUCUGCUCUGAGCACUUUUCCUGAUAUCACGUCCUCACGUGCCACCACCUUGCCAGGCAUUGCAAAGACGGUGUUUCCCACUGAGGCGUCCAGCCCAGCCCAGGCCCUGCUACCCCAGCACCAAAGCAGCGCUCUCCGGCAUGGGGUGCACAACACAGUGUUCUCACCAGACUGCAUCUUGGGGGACCCCCCAAACAGAGAGCAGCUGAGGUGGAACUGCACCAUCUACCGGCCCUGGUUCUCCCCUUACAGCUACUUUGUAUGCAAGGACAAAGAGAGCCACCUGGAGACCUACAGCUUCCCAGAGGUGCAGCGGGACGAGGGCAGGAGGGACAACUGCCUCCCAGAGGACACGGCUGAGAGCAUCUGCUCGUCCUCUUCCUCCCCAGAGAACACCUGCCCCCAAGAGGCCACCAAGAAAUCCAGGCACGGCCUGGAUUCCACAGACUACAUCACAACCCAGGACAUCCUCAUGGCCUCCAAGUGGUACCCGGCCCAGCAGAAAGGCUACAAGUGUGCGGGCUGCUGCCGUAUGUACCCGACGCUGCACUCCCUCAAGAGCCACAUCAAGGGGGGCUUCAAGGAGGGCUUCAGCUGCAAGGUGUACUAUCGCAAGCUCAAAACCUUCUGGGGCAAGGAGCAGAAGGUCCGGCCGGGAGACAGGCUUUCCUCAGGCAGCUGCCAGGCCUUCAAGUAGGGCUGCUGGGUGGCGGCAGCUGUCUUGUUAGCGGACAACGCUUCAGGGAAACGGGGGAUGAUGCCUAUUUAUGUCUCUACAGAGAGGCCAAUAAACCAAAGUUAGUGACAGCCUUCUGUCAAGUCUGAGGUCACCCUGUACCACCUGUGCUUCUCAGUCCCUGGUCCCCAUCGCAUUCCCCUUCUGCUACCAGUUGCCUAGCAACACCAGGCCCAUAUCCCU